AUGUUGAGGCAUUUCAUGCGGAUUGAAAUCGACAACGAACUGCUUACGGCAAUGGUAGAGCGAUGGUGCCCCGAAACCCAUACGUUCCACCUUCCGGAGGGGGAAAUGACGAUCACCCUCAAAGACGUUGCGAUCCUCACCAGGCUGCCGAUAACUGGAGAUGCCAUCAUUGGUACCACUACCAAACCCUAUGCAGGUUGGAGUCCGCUCAUUCGUGAUCGUUUGGGCUUUGACAUGCCGACCACGAGACCAAUUCAAGGACGGGGGCAUCCACCAUUGAAUACGGGACAAGUGUCGAUCACGUGGCUUGUUACUCACAAUCAAAAUGAGGUUGAAAUCGGCCCAGAGACUCAGGAAGAUCAAGUGGAGCGUUAUGCACGCAUCUACCUCAUUGGUUUGGUCGGUGGAUUUCUGUUCCCCGACAAGUCGAUCUGGUGGAUUCUAGGCAUAUGGUUGCCAAUGCUUCUUGGUGACUGGGAUGAGAUCGGGGGAAAGAGCUGGGGAUCGGCCGUGUUAGCUGACAUAUAUAUGGAGCUUUGUAAUUGCUCGAAGGUGGGAGCCAAACAAUCUGGUGCUGCGAUGUUCAUCCUCCAGCUCUGGAUAUGGGAGCAUCUUCCAAUUUUCGCACCUCAAGGCCCACGUUCAUACUGGAGAGCAGAUGAUGAGCUACGAAAUCUGCAAAAUCCCCCCUAUGGUGUCAAGUAA